AUGGCUAUUGACUACAAGACAAAAGCUCUUGUGCACUAUUUAUCGAGGUUUCAAGGGUUUUCCAUUCGGCAAGUAGCAAGAGAAUGCAAUGUUUCUCGGGCAACUGUGUGGAGGAUUAGCAAAAUGGAAAUGAGCAGUAACGGAUGUAAGAAAACGCGCAGAGAGACCAGAGGUAGACCAAGAAAACUAAAUAAACGCCAGGAACGGAAACUACGACGAUCGAUCCAGAUCCUAAGAGAGCAAGAGGGUAAUUUCACGAUCAAAAGACUGAUGGAGAACGCGUGCAUUUGUAGAAAAGACGUUUCAGAGAGAACAAUUUCACGUUUCCUAAAUAAGGAGGGCUAUUAUUAUCUACAAGCUCGGAAGAAAGGUCUGUUAACGAAGGCUGAUAUGAAAAAGAGGAGAACUUUUGCACGGAGAAUGCAAAAUGAAUAUUCUCACGACGUGUGGCCUCAAGAUAUUGCGUUUUACCUCGACGGAACGGGAUUUGCGUAUAAGAGAAAUACCUUGGAUGAAGCCUUAGCACCCAAAGGCAGAGUAUGGCGCAAAAGAAGCGAAGGACUAACGCCAGGAUGUACUGCGAAGGGACAAAAGACAGGAACUGGUGGUCGAGUGGUAAAGCUGAUAGUAGCUAUAAGUUAUGACAAGGGCGUGGUCAUGUGCAAAGCUUAUGAUAAGUUAGAUGGCCGUUAUUUUGCCAAUUUUAUCGACGAGAACUUUGAAAGCAUGUUUCGCACUGCAGAUAAAAGCCUAAAGCGAUUAUGGUUACAAGACGGAGAUCCAAGUCAAAACUCAGCAAUGGCUCGCGCACCUAUGGACCGUGCAAACUGUGAACUUCUAAAAAUACAGCCGAGAAGUCCUGACUUAAACCCUAUUGAGGCAUCUAAAUGUGUUUACAAUUCAGUGGUGCAACCUAUUUUUGACUACACUGAUGCUGUAUGGUCCGAGCUGCCUGCUGGGUGUUCUCAAAGCCUCCAAAAACUGCAAAACCGUGCAGCACGAAUAAUAUUACAACGAGACAGCUCCAGAAAUACGUUUGACAUUUUAAAUUGGGCAGAUUUAUCUACUCGUAGACAAAUUCACAAGUGUGUUUUAGUAUUUAAAUGUUUGAACAAUUUAGUCCCAGAAUAUUUAAGUGGAUAUUUUGUAAGGAAUUCAAAUAUUCAUUCUUAUAAUACUAGAAGGAAAGAUGAUUUGCACCUACCUAAACCAAAUCUUAGUCUGGGCAAGAGAUCUUUUAUAUGCUCGGGAUCACUGCUUUAUAACAAUCUUCCAGAUCGAAUUAAAAAGGCAGGGACCUUGUCUAAUUUCAAGUCUCUUAUACAAAGACACAGUUUUUAA